UUGACCCACAAGGAAGUAAAAAUGUCUCGUUCAGAAGACGUGUUGUUGAUGGUGAGCCACGUGCGGCACAAGAAAGUCGAAGGAACGCUGUUCCUGAUGGGGGAAAGGCUUGCGUGGAGCGCGAACAGUGCCGGAGAGAGACUUGGGGUCAGCCACAACUAUGCAGAUAUCCGAUCCCAGAAAAUCAGCCCAGAGGGAAAGGCUAAGAUCCAGUUACAGCUGGUUCUGCACACAGGCGACACGUGUAACUUCCACUUUAACAACCCUGAGGGGAACUCUGAGCAGCUGAAGGACCGGGACGGGGUGAAGGAACUCCUGCAGCAGCUGCUGCCCAGGUUUAAAAGUCAGGUCAACAAGGAACUGGAGGAGAAAAACAGACUUCUACAGGAAGACCCACAGUUGUUCCAACUGUACAAGGAUUUGGUGGUCAGUGGAGUCAUCACUGCUGAGGAGUUCUGGACCAACAGGGCACAGACAAAACAGUCAAAUGCAGCCAAAGGGAGUCAGGAUAUUGGAGUAUCUGCAUCAUUCUUGGCUGACAUCCGGCCUCAGAGUGACGGCUGUAACGGCAUCAAGUACAACCUCACAGCUGACAUCAUAGCCUCUAUCUUCAAAACAUAUCCUGCAGUGAAGAAGACCCAUGCUGACAACGUGCCCCACAACCUGAGUGAGAAGGAGUUCUGGACCAGGUUCUUCCAGUCGCACUACUUCCACAGGGACAGGAUCAACCACGGCAAGGACCUGUUCUCCGACUGCGCCAAGAACGACGAGAAAGAUUUGCACCAGAUCAUACAGGACAAGGUCAAGGACUCCUUCUUAGACUUGGAAUCAUUAGAUGAAACAUCUCUUGUCAAAGAUGAGGGAUAUGGCAAUAGGUCAGCAGAUACAAGCACUGCCCCCAAACACUCUGUGAACCAGGCUAUCAUCAGGAGGUUUAACUACCACAGUACAAUGGUGCUGGAGGCAUGUAGGAAUAAAAGGUCAUCAGAAGAAGAUAUCUUAUCGUUAGGUUUAGGUAGUUCAGGAGACAAUAGUAACUCAUCCUGUGCACUGUCACAGUCACUAGGGCCUCCAUCAAAAAAGGCAAGACUAAGAGAUGCAAUAUCAUAUGAAGACCUGGGGGAGUCCACGUCCAGCUCCGCCCCUCCCCUGUCCCUGACGGGGGCUGACAGGUACCUCCAGGGACCGUCCGCUAUACAACAGGGGGAGUACACCACCAGUCAGGACAUCCAGCGGGCCACACAGCACGUCAGACAGGACAUGGGGGGAUACAGGGCAGACUUACCCAAUGUUCUACCCAGCAGCCUGGCUGCCUCUGUCACAGCUGAGUUGUCACCAGGGGGGGUCCUCAUGCAGACUGGCAUGCAGCAGAGUUUGAAAGAGCUGAUACCCAAGGACCUACAGGAUGAGUUACAGUCGCUGUACGCUGCGCUGGCGGAGCUCCUUCGACACUUCUGGCAGUGUUUCCCUGUCACCACGCCCACGCUGGAGGAGAAGGUCGUCAGGAUGAAGGAGACGCUCAGGAGAUUCCAGAACACCAAAAUGCAGCCGUUCCAGGACAAGCUGAGAAGUCAACAUCUACCCACUAAUCUGACAGACCACCUGACAGAGAUGAUCAGCAAUGCAGAGAGAAAAUUCACCACGUGGAGUAAAAAACGCAGUGGGAGACCCUGACAGGCAGACUGCCAGACCAUAGCAAUAGAACUGUUCCGGGACAUACACUGUACAUGGUGGACUUCAGAACUUCAUACAAAAUACUUAGCACAUUAACCAUGUUUACCCCAGUGUAUGCUAUCUAAAUUUUGACUAAAUACAUGUAGGUUGGUAUUGGGAGAGGUUAUCCAGAUUAUUUCCAAAUCGUUUGUGAUACAGACAGCCAUAUAGAUAGGAGGGGAUAAUACUAAACCUUCAAAACAUUUAUAUUCCUCUUGCCAUCAUAUCUGACUUGGAGACGGAUCAAUGGUACCUUAGGUGCAGCAGACAAGGAGCAACAGACCACAUGUAACUACAGCUCUGGCUACUCACUGAGUACAGUGACUGGAACAUGUUUUCCUACAUGGAUCUCUUUUAUAAUAUCAUACAGUAGAUAGGACAAAGAACACAGAUAGUAUGUGAUGCUACAGUGUUAGAUACUCCACUUGACACUGGAAUUAUACUUUUGUAAUAAUACUGCAAUAAAGGCGGAGAUACAUUGA